UGAUUCAGUGCAAAAUGAGUGAACACGAUAAGGAAUUCUCCAUGAUGCAUAAUUUUAUGAUUCUGAAGACGCAUUUCAAAAUUGACUCGGCAAAAUUUCUUGGAAAUAUUCUACAGCUAUGCUGGAGGGAUAUCGAUAAUUUAAAGAACCAUGAAAUGUUUCAUUUACUGGAUAAUGGAAGCCAAGUUAUGAUAUCAAGAAGAAACAGUUUUGUUCUGAGCUUUCCUGUUUUGUGUGAAUUUUUUAUAAAAAGAAUAUGUGAGGACACAGAAAAGGAACAAUACAUGGAUUCAGAGGUUGUUCGUGAUGUCACUCGCCUCCAGCAAAUUUGGAAGGUCAACAUUUCUGAGAAUGAUGUUAAAAAGAUAUCUAACGAUGUCGGCAAACAGAUCUGGAGGGAGUUAGAGUGUAUCGGGAAAAGCAUGGCACAAAAGUUUGAAGAAGCAGGAAAAAUAUAUCUUGAGAGCAUUAGAAAAUAUUCCUCGGAAGAACAAGAGACUGAUACAUUCGUUGUCCAAAUUGGUAAUGAAAACAGAAUGGAUGUAAAGUUUGAGGAAGAAUCAAGCGCCCCAGUAUUGAUUCAGGUGGGAAAAAACAACAAGAUAAUAAUUCAUCUUGAAGACCGGCGAACUAUGGAACAGCUCAGUACAAGUGAAAGAGUGAAACUAAGGAUGGUGUUAAGAUCCAACGACACAUCUGAAUGGAGAGAAAUAACAGAGAAUAUGAUGGAAAUGGACCUUCAGGAUUUAAAUUCCAGCGCAAUACUAAAGGAAAAUGAUAUAAUUGUCGAUGGGUUUGAGAAGGGGUGUCUUGUGGUAAAUUUAAGCGUCUCCGGGGGAAAUGGAAUCAAUGACUCUAUGAAAACUUUAUUUGAGGUCAUAUUUGAAGAGCUGAAAGCAGAAACCACUCUACUGAAAUAUCAAGCAUCCUCCAUUCAUAUUUAUGGAUAUUUUUAUUGUCCAGAGGAAUUCCAUUCAAAAGAUGUAUCUUCCGGUCAGAAUCAAAAUGUAUCAAUAUUUUGUCAUCACUCAUGGGAAAAGGACUCAACAGUCUGUGAUGUCGAUAUAUACCUUACUGAUUUAAUGAAAAAUCUUAUCAUUCAAGGGUUUUCAACAGAUGUGGACGAGCUAAUUGAGCUGCAGAUCAGACAUGAUACGAUCAGACUGGGAACAAAAGUCGUGCCUCCCUCCGAAUCACCUCAAUCUCUAUUCAACGAAAACUUCAGUGAUCUUCUAAACGAGAUAGUGAAAUCAUCACCACUGCACCUAUACAGUUCAAAUAAGACGGACUCUGCAAUUAGUUUAAUUUUCAAGUGCAAGGGUAAAAUGAAGUAUGCAAGUUUUGUCGUGGAAAAGGGCAUCAUAAGCAAGAUAUCAAAGGCAAUAAAUGCGCCGAAUUCGCUGUUGAGAGUUUCUUUCUUUAUUGAUACCAAUUUCGUCAACGACUCACUUUCUGACCAGGGUUUGAUUUUCUACUUGAACCCACUAUCGAAAGUGUCGGAUGCUAUCCAAAGCGGAAAAUUUCCCCGUAUUGUCACUGCAAUGCUAGAAGGAAAGGAUACCUCUCUCCUUCAAAAUGUUGGGGAAUUGAAGAUAAAAGCUGUUCUCGAAUAUCAAGAAGAUAAAGGGCCCUUCUUACCUCAACAUUCCAAAUCUUUCCCUUCAGAGACAGGAACCGUUGCUCCAGAAGAAAGCAAAGGCGAUUCCAGAGAAACAAAGCUGAGAGAUACUUUAUUGAAGGCAUGCGAAAUGGGAAAUCCUAAUCUUGUACAACAGAUUCUAGAACAAGGAGAAAAUCCAAAUUUUCGAAACGAAAUGCUUCAGACUCCUGUUCAUAUAGCUUCUGAAGGAAAUCACGUGCGAGUUCUGGAACAGCUUCUUCUUCAUGGCGCAGAAAUAGAUGUAUAUGAUAUAAAUCACGAAACACCACUGAUCAUGGCUUCUCGAAAGGGGAACUGGAAAAUUAUUGUAGAGCUUCUGAAGCAAGGAGCCGACCCUGACUUAUACAAUAAUGAAAAUCAAGCCGCCCUUUAUGUUGCUGUGGAACACGACCAUCGCUAUGCAGUUUCGAAUUUGUUAAAGUUUGGUGCCGAUCUGAAUGUCGGACUCGAUCAAUGUACCCCUCUGCAUGUUGCAUGCAGAAAAGAAAACCAGUUGAUUAUUAGGGAAUUGCUUUCAUACGGAGCCGAUUUGCAUUGCAUUGAUUCUAAUCAGAAUUCCCCUUUACAUAUUGCCCUUCUAUGGAGCAAUGACGUAUUAAAAUGCAUAUCAAUAGUCGAGGAACUAUUGAAAAAUGGUGCAUCCAUCAAUAGAUUCGGUGAUUGCAUGAAAACACCACUGUGUAUAGCAUCCGAGAGGGGUUUCGUAAAUAUUGCUCGUCUACUACUAUCAAAAGGUGCUGAAUCUAAUCUGGCCGAUAUUGAUAAUAACUUGCCCUUUCAUUUGGCUUCUAAAAACGGUCAUAAGGAGGUAUUGAUAGAGCUGAUUAGAUAUGGUAACUUCGUUGAUAGGUUUAAUGCCAGUAACCUAACACCUAGAAUGCUAGCAAGCGACCAUCAAGAAAUCCAAAUGUUCUUCAAUACUCAGGAUCAAGAGGAACUGAAAGAUUUACCAAAUGACGUUGCUAGUCUGUGUUUAUACUCGAAAAAGGGAAUGGUGAAUGAGAUUAAACCCUAUCUAAAACAAUCUGAGCUUGUUGACAGUGCAGAUACAAAGAAAAGAAGUCUUUUAUUCCUUGCAUCCGAAAACGGGCAUUUAGACACUGUUCGCUUGCUAGUAGAUUCAGGUGCUAACAUUGACAAAAUAGAUUCCUUUAGAAGGACUUCCUUGAGUAUAGCAGCAGAGAAUAGAUUUGAGUAUAUCGUGGAAUUUUUAAUUCAGUCUGGGGCAGAUGCAAAUAUUAUGGAUGAUUCGAACAGGACGCCGCUUCACUAUGCAGCCAAGUCUGGAAAUUCUAGAAUUGCUGCUGUUCUACUACAGAAAGGAAUGUGCUUGUAUAGGGGUGACUUCCAGGGGAAUACUCCACUUCAUUUUUGUGGAAAGCAUGGAAGUGUCUCUGUGACAAAAAUUUUCCUGGAAGCUGGACUUAAUGUAAAUGAAUGCAAUUUAGACAGAAAAUCCCCAUUGCAAGUAGCAAUCGAAAAUGCCGAGGUUGGGGUUGCAGAGCUAUUAAUAAUUCAUGGUGCUGAUAUAAAUAUUUCCGAUGUAAGAGACAGAUCUGCAUUGCAUUCGGCAGCUGACAAUGGAAGUAUAAGAGCUGCAGAAAUCUUGUUAAAUAGUGAGGCGAAUAUUAAUCAAAGAGACAGACUAAGGCAGACGCCGCUCUUUGUUGCAACCGCAAAGGGUAGAGGUGUUCUGCAGACUCUUAUCAAACACGGGGCGGAUCUUAACUUGUGUGAUACGAAUGGAAGAUCGCCUCUACAUGCAGCAUUAGAAGGUGGACAUUCAUUUGCAAUGAAAAUAUUAGUUAGGCAUAAAGCCAAUGUUAAUCAAGCAGAUCAUGUAGGAAUGACUCCUUUGCAUUUGACUUCACAACUAGGCAAUGUAGAAGAGGUAGAAAUUUUAUUGUCUGCCAAUGCUGACGUCAACUCUUUAGACAUUAACGGUAGAUCCCCUCUUCACUGCUGUACAUCUGGACUAGUGUCUAAAAGAUUGAUACAACAUGGUGCAAAGGUCAAUGAAAAGGACAAGGAAGGAAAAAGUCCACUCCAUGUAGCAGUGGAAAGAUUGUGUGAUAAAACUUCGAAUGUGACGGAUUCAAUUGAAUCUCUUGCGAUAAUAAACGAGCUGAUCGUAAAUGGAGCAAAUAUCUGUUUAUACGACAAUGAAAUGAAAACUGUAAUUCAUAAGACAGUAUAUGCUGACCAUGCGCAUUUACUGAUAGAAAUUCUGAGUUACGACAUUACAUCUUAUAUUAAGGAAACUUUAGUACGGAUAAUAAAUGAUAUCUUGAAACAAAUUCAGCAAGGACAAACAAAAACAAUCUUAGAACAUUGGAUGGACAUUCAGCAACCAACUGAUGAUGCAGAUAUUCUCAUGACAGAAAGUUGCCCUCCAACCUUAUAUCAACAACACUUAGAAUGGUUAAGGGAACAAAAGUGUUUCAAAAGAGCCAACAUAUUGCAGCGAGUCAUUUUGUCAGAAAGAUCACAAGAAGCAAGAAAGAGAAAAGAAUCUUGUGGUCAAUCAUCUCUCAUUGAGCCAAUGGAGAAAGUUCUCAGAGUUGAAGGUGAACAAAAUGAGCUGAACUGCUGCAUUAAAGACACUGAAUAAAUUAAAUAUACCAAAAAAAUACUGUAAUUUAGAACUUGUUUCAGCAGGAACUGAUUAAUAUGAAAUAAAAGAUUAUUUUUAGAAA